CCUCAUAGUUUUUCAUCCAGCGUUCAUCAGCUCUUCUUUCCAACACAAACACGUAGAGGAUAAACGCGGACUUUUGUGGAAUAGUUCAUUUCACAGCGGACGGACGCAGAAUGGAUUGUUUGGCGUGAUUUGUUCUGACUGAAGGAUUUAAGAGAAGCUCUUUUAGGGUUAAAGAGAAACAGGAGGAUACACGUUGACAAAAGACCCUCUAUGAGGCUUCGAAAGUGAAGAGAGAAAACUAGUAAUAAAAGCCAGAAGAUGGACCUGAAGCUACUUUUCAUAUCCACAUUAUUAGGGAUGGUAUGUUGCAACAGCGCACAGCAAGAGGGCAACGAGUGCAUCAAAGCCAAUGCUUUAUCCUGUGGCGAGUGCAUACAAGUGGGGGCUAAAUGUGGAUGGUGCACUGAUGCAGAGUUUCUGAAGCAGGGAGAGCCGACGUCAGCGCGCUGUGAUGAGCUGGAGUCGCUCAGGAAGAGAGGCUGUGGCCAGAUGGAGAACCCUCACGGGAGCCUAAAGAUCCUCAAGAACAAAGCAGUGACCAACCGCAAGAAAGGAGCAGAGAAACUCCGACCCGAGGACAUUACACAGAUCCAGCCUCAGAAACUCAGCCUCAACCUCAGAUCUGGGGAACCUCAAAAUAUCAAACUGAAGUUCAAGAGGGCUGAAGACUAUCCCAUAGACCUGUACUAUCUGAUGGACCUGUCCUACUCCAUGAAGGAUGACCUGGAGAACGUCAAGAACCUAGGGACGAGUCUGAUGAAGGAAAUGUCCAAGAUCACCUCAGAUUUCAGAAUAGGUUUCGGCUCUUUUGUGGAGAAGACGGUGAUGCCGUACAUCAGCACGACUCCAGCCAAGCUCCUGAACCCCUGCACAGGGGACCAAAACUGCACCAGUCCCUUCAGCUACAAGAACGUGCUGAAACUGACCAGCAACGGGGAGCAGUUCAACAGUCUGGUGGGAAAACAGCAGAUAUCUGGCAACCUGGACUCCCCUGAGGGGGGGUUUGAUGCCAUCAUGCAGGUGGCCGUCUGCGGAGAGCACAUCGGCUGGAGAAACGUCACUCGUUUGUUGGUGUUCUCCACAGACGCAGGUUUCCAUUUUGCUGGCGAUGGCAAACUAGGUGGAAUCGUGCUUCCCAAUGAUGGGAAAUGUCACUUAGAAAACAACAUGUACACCAUGAGCCAUUAUUACGAUUACCCCUCCAUUGCCCACCUGGUUCAGAAACUGAGUGAAAACAACAUCCAGACCAUCUUUGCCAUUACAGAGGAGUUCCAGCCUGUUUACAAAGAACUUAAAAACCUGAUCCCAAAGUCUGCAGUCGGGACUCUUUCAGCCAACUCCAGCAAUGUUAUCAAUCUUAUCAUCGAUGCCUACAAUUCUCUUUCCUCCGAGGUGAUCCUGGAGAACAGUAAGCUUCCUGAAGGAGUGAGCAUCAGCUAUCAGUCUCGCUGUAAGAACGGAGUGGUGAACGAGGGAGAGAACGGAAGGAAGUGCUCUAACAUCUCCAUCGGAGACGAGGUAUCAUUCAACAUUAACAUCACGGCUCAAGGCUGUCCCAAACAAGGCAAACCUGAGAGCAUUAAGAUCAAGCCCCUGGGCUUCACUGAGGAGGUGGAGAUCAUGCUCAACUUCAUCUGCGAGUGUGAAUGUCACAAACACGGCAUCAGGAACAGUGAGAUGUGUCAUAACGGCAACGGGACGUUUGAGUGUGGCGCCUGCAGGUGUAAUAAGGGACGUGUGGGCAGGCAGUGUGAAUGUCGAAAAGACGAGGUAUCCACCGAAGACCUGGACAAGAACUGCCGCAAGGACAACGGCACGGACAUCUGCAGCAAUAACGGCGAGUGUGUGUGUGGCACCUGCGAGUGCAAGAAGAGAGACAAUCCUGAAGAGCGCUACAGCGGCAAAUUCUGCGAGUGUGACAACUUCAACUGCGACCGCUCCAAUAAUAAACUCUGUGGAGGACACGGCCGCUGUGAGUGCAGGGUGUGUAUCUGUGAUGCUAACUACACGGGAAGCGCGUGUGACUGCUCUCUGGAUGCCUCCACAUGCUUAGCCUCCAACAAGCAGACCUGUAACGGCCGAGGGAUCUGUGAGUGUGGGACCUGCAGGUGCACCGACCCCAAGUUCCAGGGUCCCACCUGUGAGAUCUGCCCCACCUGCCCCGGAGUCUGCACUGAGCACAAGGAGUGUGUGCAGUGCCGAGCGUUUGGCACAGGAGAGAAGAAAGACACUUGUGAGAGAGACUGCAGCUACUUUAACCUCAUCAAGGUGAAGGACAGAGAUAAACUCCCUCAGCCGGUGCAGGCCUUCCCCCUCAUGCACUGCAAGGAGAGAGACGCCAACGACUGCUGGUUCUACUACACCUACGCCGUCAACAACACUGAGAGGGAGGUGCAUGUGGUGGAGACUUUAGAGUGCCCGGCGGGUCCUGACAUCAUCCCCAUCGUAGCGGGCGUGGUCACAGGCAUCGUUCUGAUUGGUCUAGCUCUGCUGCUGAUCUGGAAGCUGCUCAUGAUCAUUCACGACCGCCGCGAGUUCGCCAAGUUUGAGAAGGAGAAGAUGAACGCCAAGUGGGACACGACAGACAAUCCAAUUUACAAGAGCCCUAUUAAUAAAUUCAAGAACCCAAUCUAUGGACGUAAAGCUGUGGCUCUAUAAGGAGAGAACCCCAUCUACAAGAGUGCCGUCACAACUGUUAUCAACCCCAAAUAUGAAGGCAAAUAAUGGACGUGGAUAUCUCACACAGGAAUGUUUUGGAAGGGAUAGGUUUGCAGAAAGCCUCAGUUCUCCUUUGC